CCAAUCCACAUCGGCUGUCUAGUCUUCGACUACCAGGCCAUCGACGUUAUCGGUCCAUGCGACCUUCUCAACUCCGCCACAAAGAGACUCAUGACCGGGAUUAGCUUCUACGCCCCAGUCGACCCCAAUACAAUCGAGAAGGCACCGGAGUUCGUCUUCCAUCAUAUCGGGGAGACAGUAUCCCCCGUGAACCUGCUAACCAGCGCCAUCACGCUCGUCCCGACUGCCACAGUCGAUGACGUCCCGGAGCUCGAUAUCCUGAUUAUCGGCGGCGACAGCCCCGCUCGUUCGAAUAUCCCUGAGAAAUACAAGGAGUUUAUACGCCGCCAUGUCGCGGCGGGGAAACUGCUUUUCACGACGUGCACCGGGUCCGCGGUUGUUGCUGGUACUGGGGCGUUGGAUGGGAGGAGGGCGACGGUGAAUAACAUCGAGUACAACUAUGUCAAGAACCGGUAUCCUGCUGUGCAGUGGACGAGGGAGAAGAAGUGGAUUGUUGAUGGUAAUGUAUGGACGGGGAGUGGUGCGGUUGCUGGCAUGGAUAUGGUUGCGCACUGGAUCAAGGAGAACUUUGGACUUGAUGUUCUUGUGCAGGCGGCGCUGUCGCUGGAUUAUGAA